AUGGAUUAUUUGAAUCAAGCAACAAAUACACAAUAUGGCUUUAGUGAUAUUCGGGCAGUCUUAAUAGCUCAGCUGCAAAAAUCACGCCAACAAUCUCCUGAAUUAUUUUCGAAGGAAAUUUAUGUACUACCAGCUAUCAAUAGUCAUGUCGAAGACCAAUUGAAACAUCAAUUACAAGAAGAACGUGAAAUUCAUACAGACAAACGUAUUCUUCUGAUUCUUUGCUGUAUAGACGAUCUUCAUUGGGUUGGAGUUUUAAUCGAAUUUCAAGCAGCUGAUCAUAUUGUACGAGCCGAAUAUAUUGAUCCAGUUAGUGGAUCUAAUGUUAUUGAUCAUUCAUUACAAGAACAACUUGCUGAAGUUUAUCCAUCAGCUGUUUUUCAACUAAAGGAUGGACUUAAGCAUGCUGAUCAAAAAUGUAGUUCAGUAUUAACUAUUAAAAACUUAUUAAAUGCAGUUGGAAAUAAUCAACAUUCAAGUAUUCCGACAUCGAUAACGUCUAAUCCAAUAUCAGGAACAACGGGUGCCGGUAAAUCCACGACUAUUCAGUUUCUUUCAGGUGCUAAAAUGAAAGAAGUUCAAGUAGAAAUUAGUCCUGGGAUAUACUUACAACAUGUAACAGCAGUUGGAUCAAUUAAAAAUCCAGAUUUGAAAAACGUUGUUAGUAGCCCUCUGCAGAAGUCCGAGACACGAUAUAUUGCACCUGUUACCGUUCAAUUAAAAGACGUUUUAGGUCCUCACGAGUCCGGUGUAAUUACAUUUUGUGAUGCACCAGGUUUUGGUGAUACAGCAGGUCCUGAAGUCGAUAUCGCAAACAGUAUAGGAGUUAUUGAAGCCUUGAAAGGAACGAAAAGUGUGAAGUUAUUGGCUUUGUCAAGUUACAAAAGUUUAGGCGACCGAGGGCAAGGUAUUCAGAAAUUGGCGCACAUAUUAAUUAGUAUGGUACAUGGAAUAGAAGACAAACUUGAUGCUAUCUACUAUGCAUUUACUAAAUAUCCAGAAAAAACAGAUAUACAUGCUUUGUUAUUAAGUAUUAAAACUGAUCAAGUAGAUGGCGAUGCAACCUUACAGUCUGAUAUUGUUUUUGUCAAGGUAUUGAAAGAUAUGAUUCGAAAAACGAAAAAAGGUGCUGACAAAAUCAGUCCAACGACUGACAGCCCAAAAGAGUUAAUUGAAAAUUUGAUGGAUGUACGCGGUAUUAUGUAUCCAGCAGAAGUUUUUCGAUUCUCAAUGAGUGAAGAAACACGUGCUACUAUUUCUGAUCACGUACAACGCGAUAAAUUUAGUAUCAUUUGUGCAAUGAAACAUAAAGAUAUUGAUCUUGUAUUGUAUUAUUUGGAUGAUUUACAAAUUCUAAAUGAUCUAAUGAAAGAAAGUUUUAUUCGAGAUAUUUAUAAAGAAUCUGUUCGUUUCGUUAGUGAAAGUAUUGAUAAUCAUAGUAUAGAAAUAAAGGAAAAAUUUAAUCGUCUACUAGCCAGCCAAGAUGGACUGCAAAGAAAAGAUAUUAUAGAAUACGAAAGUUCUAUGAAAUAUCUUGAACAUGCUCAAAUAUUGAAAAAACAUUUAGGAACAUCUUUAUUAUCACCUGCAGCAUUGAUUCAAAAUAUUAUUACUAAACUUAAUGAAAUAGAUCGUAGUUUAAAUGAAGUAGAGUUACACAGUCCUUUUGUAACAAUCUAUUUAGAUAAUCUUCAAAUGUUAAAAGAUUCAUUUGUCGAACUCAAAGAAAAUUAUAAUAGUAGUUGUAAAAAAUUUCAAAAGCAUUUCAAUGAAUUAGUACAAAAUGCACGUGAUCUUAUUCCAAAUAAUAAUUUCACAGAAAUUGCCGAAAUUCUUCUUAAUAUAUUUCAAUCUGCACGUGCUUUGGAAAAACAUUUGCAUGAACAAGUUCAAAAAGCAUAUAGCAAUACUGUCAAAGAUUUCUUGAAAUAUCUAAAUAGUUAUUCUGAGAAAGCGGGACUAGUUUUAGCAAAAGUUAGAUUAAAUUCAGAAGAAGUUGAAACUAUUAAAAACUAUAUGGAGAUACUAAGAUCAGCUAGGGAGAAUGCUACAGUUCAAGAACAUGUUUUGAGAUAUUUAAAACUAUCAAAAAAAGAAAUGACAAAUUCAAAUGAACAUGAACCUCUCGAAGAGAACAUCAAAAGUUUAAAUGGAAUUUACAAUGAGUUUAUCGUAAAGAUAAUCAACUAUUUUAAUGAAAUUAAUGUUCGAAUUAAGCAACUUUUCGAAAGAAAUGGAGAUCAAGCCUUAGAACAUAUAAAAUCAUUAGUCGAUGACAUGGAUGCUAUUCGUAUUAUUCCCGAACUUGAAUCAAAAACUGCUGGAACAUACUAUCAGACCAUUGAGAAUAUUAGUAGUUAUAUGCGGGAAGUACAAGCAGAUGCAGAAAAAUUACUCAGUGCUAUAGAUCAACAAAGAGGCAUUACCAAUUUUAAAUAUCUUUCACGAUCAUUAGCACGUUUAAAAAAUGCUGGAUGGAUCAAUCAAAUUAGUCCAGGGGCAUAUGAUAAUUUAAUGCUUCGUAUCAAAGACGAAUUAGUACAAUAUGCUUCUCAGUUACAGAAAAAAUUGAUAAAAACAGAUUUUAGCUUAAAAUGUCCCGAUAAUGUACCUGUUGCAAUGGAGAUUGUUCAAAAAAUAGAAUCGAUGAGAGAUUUAGAGCGUAGUGUUCCAGAAUUAGAAAAGUACAGAAAAGAAAUUCUUGAACGAUUUUCUAAAUGCACACAAGAUGUGUUCGAUCGUAUUCAAAAAAGUUUUGAUUUACAAGAUAAAGUCGUUUAUCAGACAAAGAAACAAUUAAAAGAAUUAGAAGAAAUAAAACGACAGUACGAAAAUGUACAUCCAGCUCGUGUAUUUUUAAAAAACCAAGGUUAUACCGAUAUUGACAUGUUGAAUAACGAAAUUGAAGAAGUUAAAACUAAGCAAAAAGUACAACAUGAACUAAAGGCAACUGUAGAAUGUGCAAAAGAGAAUGAGCCUAACAGAUUGCAUAAGAUUGUUACAGAGUACGCGAAUAUAUUGCAUACACCGAAAGGUCUAAUUGAAAAUUUAUCGAAUAAGAUCUUAUCAAGAUCUUCGAAUUACAAUGUUGAAGCUGAUGCCUAUUUACAGGAUCACGGUUAUGAUCGUAUUGAGUUAGUAUACGAACAAAUUACGCAACUCGAUAACAAAUAUGAUAAUGACAUUCAAAGAAUUCAAGAUGAGAUUACAGAACUAAAUAAGUCUCUGUGUCGCCUUGAAUCCAUAAAGAAAGAACAUGAUUCAUUAUUAACUACUCGUCAUUCUUCAUCUGAAGAAACUAGUUUUAUUCUAGAGAAAGAAUUCAAUAGCUAUGACUCACUUGAUUACGCUAUACAAGAGAGAACACAAAUUAUUAAUGAACGUAGAAAAAGUAAACAAAUCUAUCACUUUACUGGUCGAAUGGAUGCUUCGAUGGCAAAUAAUGCGAUAGUGUAUAUAAUCCAGUGUGAGAAAGUUAAUCAUGAUAGUAUAAGAGAAAGUGUCAUGGAUGUAAAUGAAAAUUUAGAUAAAUAUGUUAGAGAAUAUGGUGAUUUUUUAAAAAAACAAAUAAAUGAAAAAUUUAAUUAUGUACGUAAUGCAAACUCUGAAGGAGGUCCUUUUAUAUAUUCCCAAGAUUUAGAAAUCUGUUUACAAGAAUUAUCAUCAUUUAGUAGAUUUCCACAUGUUUUCGAACGUAUUAAUGCUGCUGAAACUAUAGAAAAAUUACAUCAAGAAUUUCUUGAUUUUCAUCGUAAUUUAAAUGCGAAAAUGGAGGAAUAUAAAGUUUCGGGUAAACUUAAAGAAUUAAAAGAUCAACUAAUCAUUGCUCAAGCACUAACUUGUGUUGACCGUUUCUGUGUGAACGUUUUUGCCGGAAAUGGAUUUGCAGCUUUGUAUAAACAAUAUCAAGGAGAAAUAUAUAGAGAGUGCAAAGUAGCAUAUAGAACUGUCUUGGAUUAUAUAUCGAAAGGCGAUUAUGCUAAUGCAGAUAUAGUAUUAUCGGAUAUCGAAAAUAAUCCAUUGAAUCAAAAAGAUAAAACUCAAAUUACGCAUGAUCUACAGUGUUCAUUAAAUAAGUUGAUGAAGGACACAAGAAGUAUCGUAAAUUGGCUCGAUGGAAAAAUCGAAAGAGAAGAUAAUCGAAUUCAGAUAACACAAAUCAAAGAAAACAUUGAUAAAAUUCGAAUUGCUUGCAAUAAAAACAGUAUUAUCGAACUUCUUGAUGGAAAUCUUAAAGAAAAUCUUCGAGCGUUUGAAAGUCAAAUUAAUGACAUUUUAGCUGAAAUUAUUUUGCGAGGACUCGGAUCUAUUGAAGCAUUUAUGGAGGCUGAUAGUUUCUCAGAAACGGAGCAAGGUAUGGAAACUUUGAGUCAAGUACAGCGUGAAUUAGCGGGAUAUUGUACAUCAGACAAUGUGCAAAAAAAAAGUAAAGAAUUAAGAAGCAAAUUAGAUGAUAUAGUUAAUGGCGUUUUAGAACGAACUGAGAUUUCCAAUAUUAAUCAGUUUUCUAUUAAUCCGCCUAAAGAUCUUUUAGCUAAAUUGAAAGCGGUUGCUGCCCAUGGUAGUGCAAGAUUUACUCAGGCAUACACUUUAAUGUUAGCGAAAACUCGACAAACGUUCAGUCUAGCGAUAGAAGAUGUACGCAAGGCACCUUUGAAUGAACGUUCUGCGAAAAUCAGCUCACUAAAUUAUGCUCUCUGCUUUUUACCCGACGAUCUUCAGAUGCAGUUUAAACAGCAGAUUGAUGAAUUGAACAAGCUAAUCGAGAAAGAAAAAGAAGAAUAUAAACAGGAACUAGUUACUUCGGUCGUGACUGUAGACGAUGAUGAACAUGGGAUUAUGAAGAUAAGACAUCUAGCAGAACGGUAUAGCAAACAAAACAUGCCUGAUUUCCUGAAAAGAUUACGUGAAGAAUGUAUUAAGAAAUUACAAAUGUACCGAACGAACAUACAGAAAUCAUUAGAUGAGCAAAACAUUCAAUCUGCUAUUGAUAUCACAAAAAAAAUAAUAAAAUACGAAGAACAUCUUGGCGAUUAUAUUUCAGAAAUUAAAGCUAUUUCGGAAAAUAUUCGUGUUCUCAUGAUUAAACGACUUUCCAAUUGUUGUGAUACUCUCAGCAACAUAUCUUCGAUUGAACAGACAUCAACACUUGAAAAGGCUUUUACCGAUAUAAUAAUUUAUCUUGAGUUUUCGAACACAUUGAGUACGCGAAUUGAAGAAUUUUUUCCAAAUGAAAUCAUGCAAAAUAUUCGAGAAGCAUUUCGAAAAGUAUCAGAAUAUUUAAUUAAUAAUUCUGAAAAAUUUCAAAGUGCUUUAAAAGAUAUGAACCCUAUUAAACUAUAUGAAACCAUGUUAAUAUCGAAAAAAUGGCAAACAUUAUUAGACACAGUUAGUCGAUGUUCUUUAAAUCAUAAUUUAGUACAAAAUUUUUUAAAAGAAAUGAAAAAAAUUAUUUCAUACAAAAGUAUGAUUAGUGAACUUGAACAAAUGAUCGAUAAUCUAAAGAGUCAAUUGAACGUUGAAUUUAUAACUGAUGAGACGAUCCGAUUUGAAGCAGAGCGUGACGAUUUAUUUAAUAAUCUGCGGAAUAUAUUAAGUAUAUUAAAAAAUAUAGAUACUAAGUUUAAGGAUGUUUUAUUGUUACCAAUUGAUAUGGAUACAUUUGAAAAGAAUAUUAAAGAAAAAAUCGAGAAAAUUACGAGUCAAUUGAUGGGUAAAGCAUCAAAAGCCGAACUCUUGGCUAAGGAUGCAGAUGAUUUCCGCACGUACUAUAAUCACCUUGCGUCGUUUGACAAAUAUAUACAUCUCUCGGGACUUAAUGUCAAACAAAUUUUAGAUGAUUCUCAAGAGAAAAUUCUUGAAAAAAUCCGUCCUUUAAAGAAAGAAAUAAAAGAAUCUAAUUAUGAUGUUUCAAAACUUUCCAGCACAUUAAUCAAAAUAAAAUUUUUCGCUGAAAAUUUAUCAAUGUUUGAGAAAUAUAUUAAUGAUGAAAUUGAUGAUGUACUCCAGCAUUAUAAACAAAGUCAAGGUCCUGUCGGUAUUGCAAGUUUAUCUGUAGAAUUAGAGAAAACGGACAUAGGUGCACGAUUAAUUAGCGAACAUUCUAGUUUAAGUGGAGAAGAUUGGAGAAGACGUCGAGAAAAAAUGCAAAAACAGGAUGACCUUGAAUAUUUAAUAGAAAAGUUAACUGGAACAGAUUUAGCUAAGGAAAAUUUGCGUUUGCGUUAUUGCACCUUUAAAAAAACAUACGAUGAAUUAUUGUCUAAUUUUUUGAAAUUACUUACACAGAACAAUAAGAAAGAACCUGAUUUAGAAAUAUUGAUUUCCGAAACCAGACGUCUGACUAGUACAGUAACUAAAACAUCUAAUUCUGUAACAUGGACUCAACAUUUUAAAGAUGAUAUUCCUACACUUUUGGCAUAUAUAUUUGCUAUUUGGACUUUGAAAAAUACUCAACAUUAUAAUACAAUGCGUGGUAUUGACGAAUCUAAAUCUUAUUUAUUAAUGCCACAUGUUGGACAGGUCAUCGCUAUUUUUCGGUUACUUGGUCUUGGUUAUGAAAUAGAGAAAAAAGAUCCACUAUUUGGAAGAACUUAUUCAAAAAAAGCAUCCGAUGAUUUAGUGAAUAACUUAGUCGAAGUAGGUACAGGUGAAGGUAAAUCAGUUAUAUUAGCAAUCACUGCUUGCGUUUUUGCUCUUACUGGAGUUGAUGUCAAUUGUUCUUGUUAUAGUGAAGUUUUAAGUACACGUGAUAAGAAUGAUUUUGCAUCAGUUUUCCGAGCACUUGGAAUAGAAGAACGAAUUGAAUAUGGUACUUUUAAUAAAUUAUGUGAACAAUUAUUGAACGAACAAUGUAAUGUAAGAGAAAAAGUGUGUGAUAUGAUUGUAACGAAUAAAAAACAAUUAGAUGUCACUGACACAUCAUCGUGUAGACGUUCAAAAGUACUGUUAAUUGAUGAAGUAGAUGUUUUUCUAAGUGAUAAAUAUUAUGGUGGAAUGUACAUACCAUCAGUUUAUCUAAAAGAUCCUUCAAUAAAAGCAUUAUUAGAUUCUAUCUGGCAAAAUAAGACAUUACGAUCAUUAAAUAGUGUCAAGGUGCUGCCCACAUACCAAGCUUGUGUAGCUAAAUAUAGUAAUUGGAUUUUUCUUUUUGAUGAAGCUAUAAAAGAUAUGUUAGCUGCUUUACAAUCAUAUCAAUCGUCAACAUAUAUAGUUCAAAAUGAUAAGAUUGUCUAUGUCGAAGGUGAAUCUAUAGUUGAUAAUGUUGUUCGUGGUUAUGAUACAGUUUGGGCAUAUUAUCAUGAAAAUGAAAAGGGUAGUAUCAGUCAUAAUAGUCUAAAUGAAAAUGUCGGUAUUCUUAUUAACUGUGGAACAUUUUCUUAUGCUGAAAUGCCUCAUGAUUUUGCAUAUAUCGGUGGUGUAACUGGUACUUUGACAACACUUGCUAAGGUAGAAAAGAAAAUAUUAAAAGAUGUAUAUGUAAUCGAUAAAAUGACGUAUAUGCCAUCAGUUUUUGGAAGUACCAAUCGUAGCUAUAAUCCAAUGACUGAUGUACGUGUAAUACUUGAUGAGAGUGAAUAUUUUAUGGAAAUUUUUGGAGAAAUUCAAAGAGUAUGUAAUGUAGAUCGGGCGAUUCUAGUAUUUUUUGAAUCAGAAGAUAAAUUAAUAGAAUUUUAUAAUUCUAAAGAAUUAUCUACUAGAAAACAAGACGUUCAAAUAAUAAUGGAAAAAGUGGCUGUAAAAGACAGAGAAUUAUGCGUGAAACGUGCUGCUACAAUUGGUAAAGUGACACUAUUAACUCGAACAUUUGGACGAGGAACUGAUUUUAUUUGUCGUAAUCAAGACCUAUUACUGAAUGGUGGUAUUCAUGUUCUUCAGUCAUUCUUUUCUGAAGAGUUAUCUGAAGAGUAUCAAAUCAUGGGAAGAGGAGCGCGACAAGGAGAUAGAGGUUCUUAUCGGAUGAUUUUGCUAGGUAAAGAUUUAGAAUGGGUAGUAGGUCCCUCUUGGAAAGAAGAUCUUUCGAGAAUAAUGGGUGAUAAACUUUACGAUACGUUGAAUCGAGCUCGUAGUGCCCGUUAUGAGAGUAAAUGUGGUGCAAAAGAACUGGGUAUUGCACAAUGUAAGGCUGAGCAUAAAGCAUCGAAAGAAUUUAUGAAUGCAUUAAUGACAGGAGACAUCGAUCUCAUAAAAACGUUUUUAGCUAAGCAAAAUCAAGGAGCAAAUAUAGUUGCAGAUUCUUCACGUACAGUUUUGCUAAUGGAUGCUACAGGAUCUAUGUCUAGUUUACUAUCUGCUGCUAAAGAAACAGUAUGUACGAUGUUUGAACGUGCUUCAAUUGUUUUAGCAGAAAAAGGACUACCUGAUGAUGCGUUUCAAAUGCAAUUUGUAAUUUAUAGAGACUAUGAUUGUAAAGAAGAUGGAAUUCUUCAGAGUUCUUCUUGGGAAACUAAGCCAAGUAACUUAAGAAAUUUCAUGACAAAAGUUACGGCUAUGGGCGGUGGUGAUUAUGAAGAAGCUAUUGAGAUAGGACUUUGGCAUGCGGUUCAGCAGAGUGAACAACCAGAGGAAUUAUCUCAAGUGAUUUUGAUAGGAGAUGCACCCGCAAAAGAUACGCUAGCAAUAAACAGAGACAGAAACGCUACUGGUGGUGAUGCGUAUUGGAGUAAAACUAAAUAUAAAACGCCAACUCAUUAUAUAACGGAAUUAGAAAAGCUAAAAGUUAAAGAUAUUCCCGUUCAUGCAUUUUAUCUUCAUGCGGGAGCAGAAAAAAACUUUCGGAAAAUAGCAAGUGAGACAUUAGGACGUUGCGAGCCGUUAAACAUCAAUUCUCCUCAAGGUGCUGAAAAGUUGACUCAGUUUGUAACUGAAGAAGUUCUGAGAAUAUCAGCAGGUGAUGAAGGAGAUGAGGUAGUAGCACUAUAUAGAGCUAAUAUCGAAUAUAUUUCAAUUGCAAUGCAAAUUUAA